AUUGAACCUCAAUCAGCUGUUUUAUUUAGUUUUUUUUAAGAGACAUGGAUAUUUCUCGACAUAAUCUAUAGAUUAAACAUUAAACAAUGUUUUCAUCCACAACUACCCACAAUUAAGAAACAAAAAUUAAUGUUGAAAUGGAAAAAACCUGCGGUAAAUUUAUUUUUUGCCUGGCUAUGUUGAUGCUGGCCUUAGGCCAGCAAUUAGUCUCUGGCAUGUUGGGUGAUUCACAUCAUCCACCGCUGAAUGAUAUUGUCACAACACAGGAUAUUAUAGCCGGUGAUGUUUUCUUUGAAAUAACUGAACCCUAUUCGCUGGAAUACACCUACCGUCUGAGGCCAUCAAAGGAUUUUGGCACAUCGUUUUCUCAGCGUUUGGAAGGAGUAGCUUUGGUGCCGACCAUACCAUCAGAUGGCUGCACGAAAAUUGAAAAUAAACGUGCAUUGCGUGGAAAUGUUGCACUCAUCGAUAGGGGAGAAUGUUCAUUUCUAACGAAAACGAUAAAUGCCGAAAUGGCCGGAGCAAUGGCAGCAAUUAUUACAGAAUUCAAUAGUGAAUCCAGUGAAUUUGACUAUUACAUAGAAAUGAUACAUGACAAAACCGAUAGAGAUACACAAAUACCAGCUGGUUAUUUACUUGGUAGAAAUGGUGUAGUUAUCAAGAAUACCCUACAACGUCUAAAACGAUCAUAUGCCCGUAUAAAUUUACCUGUUAAUUUAACUUUUGUACCACCAUCUAAAAUCAAUCAUCCACCCUGGUUGGGUUGGUGAGGAAGGCGCUAGUUGGCAAUUUGAAGAACUGGAUUGGUAAUGGAAAGUGAGAGCAAAUAGAAAAUAUAUAAGAAAGGCCUGCGAUACAACUGUAAAGUACAAGAGAUGUGUGAAAAAAGAAUGACGAUUUUUUCGCUUCAAUACACUGUGUUACUUUAAACCAAAGUGCAUUCUAUAACUAAUGUCCAAAAUUGAUAAGACGUCAAAUAUCAGCAUCUUGUUAUUUUUUAGUUGAUUUUACAAAACUUCUAUAGCAAAAGGGGGAAAAACUAAAUGAUUUAUGAAGUAGUUAUUUUUUCCAUAAUUUGUUUUAUAUAACUUUUUGAAAAGUAAUACUAUUUUUUUCUAAACAUGUAACCAAAAGAGUGAGAUUUUUUUGUUACAAGAGAAAAUAUUGCAGCUAAUAUUGAUAUUAUAAAAGAUAUUUUUGAUUUUUCUUACCUAAAACAAAAUAUUUUCAAAUUUGUAGCAUUCUUCGACACUGUGUAAAUGACAUUUGUUUUGAAUUUCCAUUACAAUUUUAAUGAUCGACCCAAAAAUGGCUUUAUUGUUCCUUUUAUUUAUUUUUUAAUAUCGAUUCUUGUCAAUGUUUUAGUUCAAAUUAUUUUAUUUAAAAUGUACAUAAUAAAACAAUAAUUUUAAAGAUGAUAA